GCGUCCAUGUUUGUUCCGAGAAGAAGAGAAAGUUAUAUUAACAGCUUGAGAAGCUAGAAGAAGAAAUCUUUUAAAGGCUGGUGGGAAAUCUAACUUUAUGGUAUUAUUGUGAGAGCUUUGUGGUCCAGUAAUGUCCAUUGCAGUUGAAAUUCUAUGUCCUACUUGUGGAAGUGAGUUACAACCUGUUCAAAAUUUUGAAAGCAGGACUUUUGUCCAUAUUGAAGAUCUCCAGUAUGAUUGCACAGCAUGUGGGUAUAGAUACAGCUACAUUGAUGUUGCUAUUUCCGAUGAAACCACAACUGGAGAAAAGUCGCCAUCUAAGCCAUUUUCCUGCAGUAUAUGCAAUAAGCAGUUCGAGCAAAGUGGGACCAUGAGGAGACACAUGUACGUUCAUUCCAGUGUGCGGCCUUAUGCUUGUAAUAACUGCGAUAAAGCUUUUAAGACUAAGGCUGCUUUGAAACGGCAUAACAUCAUACACACCGGCGAAUGCCCCUAUGAAUGCAGCACUUGUAAAAGAAAAUUCAACCAAAUUAGUAAUUUGAGAAAACAUUUAGUGAUACAUAACAAUAAUUGCCCAUUUUUUUGUAAUGUUUGUGGGAAAGGAUUUAAUCAGCUCAGUAAUCUGAAGAAGCACAUGGUAGUUCAUAAAGAACAUACAGUUGUCUCGGACAGCAGUGGUAAGCCUGAACAUUCUGUCAUUCCUAUUGGAAUGGAAAAAAAUGUCAGUCGUCCAGUUGUGACACAUUUGAGACCCGCAGAUACGUAGCUCAGAAUGAUUACUAUUUAAUUCCUUUGAUAAAAAAUACUUUGUAUUUUGAAAUUAGUUAUAAUUAUGUCUAAAUCAUUACUUUUCUACUUUGGCAAAUUACACAUUAUUAAAUCAGAUUCAUAUUUUUAUUUAUUUAUAGUGUUUUAUUAUUAUAAGUGUACAAAGAAAGCCAUUAAUAAUCAACAGCUUUUUAAUAAGAUAAUUAUUUUGUUACAGAAAAAUGCAUUAAAUCGAUUAUUUUGUUUAAGCCAGCAUAAUUAGUUCCAAGUACAGUUUUCAUUUGACAUCAAGCAAGAUUAGUUUCACUAAAGAAUGCAUAUAUAAUGAAACCUGUGAAGUCAACUUCUUACAGUGCAACUUGAAAGUUCAAAUUAGACAGGUGGUUAGCUUUUAGUAGGUAGAGUUUUCUUUUU